AUAAUAUAAACCAGUAACUGAAGGAAGAAGGAAAAUCAGAGACUCAGAACACAGACGGAAGAGAGAGAGUGUGUGGGAGACGUUUUCUCACCAUACCAUUUGAUCCUGCCGCUUCCGUCUAUCAUCUCUCGUCCUCCCCAUUCUACCCUCCGAGUACCAGCAUUAAGUUAAUAUUCCCGAUCUUUUACACUAGGGUUUUAUCUGAACCACCUGUGAACACCAUAUAGUGUCUUUUGAGCCCGGUGUAUUUGGUGGGAUUCGUUGACCCUAAUGCAAGGUCAAGGGAGUGGUAUUGAUACUGUCAUUGAAAUCACAGAUGUUGAGCUUGGAUCUCUCUCAAACAGCACUAGUAUGAGUCAGCAGACUUCUUUGAUUAAUAUGCUAAAUCCUGUUGAAAACCGGUUGUCAAGUUAUAUGGUAACAUCUGGUGAGAUUCCAUGUUUAAAUGCCUCUAGUAACCAGAACUUGAGUGGUUCAGGUGAACCUAGCUCUAGAUUGGGUCCAGUUGAUGAUGAUGGGAUGAAAUUGGGACAAGGUUGUUCAUCUCCUUAUAGUGCUUGUCCUGUGAUUGGUCAAAGUUCAGAAGAAAGACGAGUUGAACAAAAUAUCCUUUUUCCUGGGAGAGCUCUUAUUGGAAUCAGUGGCAAUCAGAUUCAAGGUGGGCCAUUUUUUUCUCAGGGAAGUAGUGGUAAUAGUGUGCCUGGCAUGGAGGAUGAUAUUUCAGGUGGAUUAGAAACAGAACAGACAUCUUCUGGUAGUGCUUCACCCGAUAUUGUUGGGACUUUAUCCAGAAGCACUGAUUUUCUGGUUGAGGAAAAUGAUGGCAACCCAAGUUCUUCUUUUGGAUCUUGGGGUUUAUCAUGCAAGCGAAAGGCCCUUGAGGGUACUUCAGGCCAGGCUUAUUCUGGUGAAAGUUCUAGCUCCCUUCCACAAGCUGAAACUAGUGCUUGGAAUACUGGUUCUGCUCGUUAUAGUCCUAGUAAUUUAAGUUUAUCUACACUGUUGCGUAGUUCUCCUAGUGGUGGUCCUUCAGAACAAAACUCAAGAACCAGGGUUGGUUUGAGACUUGGGGCAUCUGAUACCUUGCCUUCAAUAGAUGCAACAGGAAAUGGAGCAAGCUCACUGCGGGAAUUUUUUUGUAGGGGGGCUUGUUCUGGGCCUCAGCAAGAAUCUGCUCCAUCCAACUUAUCAUCACAAGGGAGGUCAAUAACUGCAGCUGCAACAAAUUCGGCUGGUUCCCAAAGCCAGUUUCCUGCAAUGCAUAUGAGUGGUUCGUCAGGAAACAUGCUUCCUUUUCCUUGGACUGGUGCUUCCAGUUCAAGAGUGGGCAGCUUACCAAGUUCUCUUUUGUCUGGAUACAGAGGUGCUGAGUUAAGAGGAGAAGCAAACUUAAGAAGCAUUCCCCGAAACAAUGUGGAGCAUUCGACUUUUACAACUGCCAAUGAUGUGAGAAAUUCAGCACAGGAUCCCACAAUUUGGGGUCUGGCCUCUGGAGAAUUAAGCAUUUCUGUAGCUGCCCCUUCCUCUUCAAGAAGUGGCCCCAGUUCUGGCAUUAAUUUUGUUGCUACUCCUGCAUUGAUCCGUGCCAACAACUCUCCAUCUGAAAAUCAUCAAAGAACAAUAGAUUGGUCUUUGUUUCCUUCUUUUGAUUCUCAACCCGGAGGUCAUAGUCAUUAUAACCCAGUACCUUCAGGACCUGCUUCCUCACAGGAUUCAGGAAGUUCUUCUGGGUCUAAUAACCAGGCUCGUCACUUACCACAUCCUAGGUCCGCAUUCUUGGACAGACGUGGUGAUGAUGCUCUUAAUAUGCCCCAGUCACUGCGGGCAUUAGCAGCUGACAUCGAAGGGAGGCGCCGACUUAUAUCUGAGAUUCGUCAAGUUUUGAAUGCUAUGCGUAGGGGUGAGAACUUACGCGCCGAGGAUUAUAUGCUCCUUGACCCAUUCAUAUAUCAUGGCAUGGCUGAGAUGCACGACAGGCAUAGAGACAUGCGCCUUGAUGUUGAUAACAUGUCUUACGAGGAACUGCUGGCACUGGGGGAACGUAUAGGAGAUGUUAGCACUGGACUGAGUGAGGAGACUAUUAUGAAGUGCAUGAAACAGCGAAAAUUUCUCUGUAUUUCAGAAAAAUCCCCUGCAGAUGCGGAACCAUGCUGUGUCUGUCAGGAGGCUUUUGCUGAUGAGGAUGAUAUUGGCACACUAGAUUGUGGGCAUGACUUCCACACCAGUUGCAUCAAACAAUGGCUAAUGCAGAAGAAUCUGUGCCCGAUUUGUAAAACAACAGCCCUGCUUACUUGAAAGGGAAAACCAUUGAUGACCGAGCCUGAAAUUUGAAUUUCUUGAUGCUAUAUCAUUAAAACUGAAAGUUGGGGGAGAAUCUAGUCCUCCCUUCUUGUCUGAAACUAACUUUAUUUGUGCAUGAACUGAGCACCCGUUGCUGGAAAAAAAUAGAAAGAAGAAACUUUGCCGCGUGCGUCAAGAAGGAUUUAUAUAUCAGAUAGCAAGGGAUACAUUUUUCUUCCUUUUUUAUGACCGUGACGGUAAUGAAUGUAUUUGAAUAAUGUUUCUGGAUUUAUGAAGCCUUUGCUGAAUUGUAAGAUUGACAAUUUCAUAUUCAUUGUUACUUGUCAAAUGCAUGGAUCUUGCUGGAGUUCAAAGCAUGAUCAUGCUAGAUGGUCGUCGCCGUCUCAUAUUGUGUUAUCGUUUGUCUGUUCAAAUUGUCGACUCGAUGAGCUGAUUUGUUGA